AUGAAUGAAGCUCGGAUCCGCCAGCCUGUAUUUAUAUGCCCGGGGCCCGGCCCCCUUGUUGACGUCACCCGUCCCUCACUCGGCAAACUUCUCGAUAUCUCCGGCCCUUGUGAACCCAGCCCCGCACCGUCCGGCAAGAGCUUCACUUUUCCCGGAUGGACAAGGAGUGUGUAUCUUGGACCCUGCUGCCCCCAGAGGUGCGGCGUUUGGGAGGAUCCUCCAGCCCAGUCCCUUUGCCUGCUGGUUGACGUCCCAUCCAGACAACAUAACCAUCAAGACACCUGCCUAAAGCUCUGUGUCCACUACAGUCAGGGACAGCACUUGAGCGUGCCUUCCAUCCACAGCCGAAGGGUUCUGCCUGAAUUUUCAUCGAGACAUCAUUCUACAGGGCAGUUUUUGUUCUGUGGCAUUUCAAAGACGAGAAAGAUGCAGACAUUGAACCUCAGAUCCUCCUUUUUGCUGCGUAUCCAACCAGAGUGCCCCGUGGAAACCUGGGACGUCCCAGCAGAAGAGGUGCCCGGGAUGGCGCGGGGUCGAGUCCAGCGCCUCCACUGUCCCCCAUUCGGGGGCCGCCGCUCCGGGCCGGGGGAUCUUCCUCUCCAGGGGACCUUCCCAACUCAGGGAUGGAAUCCGUGUCUGCUGCGGUUCCUGCACUGGCAAGCGAAUUCUUUAACACCAGCCCCUAAGAGGAAGGCCCCAGAGGAGCUUGCUAUGGAUGGAGAGGCAGUGCAAAAGCCCGCCGGCCCACCCGCAAGGAAGAAAUUCCUCAUUCCUAUGGACGAGGGUGUGGUCCCUCCUCCUGGGGCCAAGCCUUUGUUCAGAUCCACACGGAGCCUGCCCACCGUGGAGACCUCACCCCCGCCAGACCCUCAGACCUAUGCUGAGUACGCCCUCUCUGGACCUCCAGGCAGGGCUGAAGCCACACGCCCUGUUGGGCCAGAACCCCUGGCAGGAGAGGCCCCAAAACCAGGAGCAAAAUCCAACAGCAUCAUUGUGAGCCCCCGGCAGAGGGGCAACCCAGUGCUGAGGUUCGUGCGCAACGUGCCCUGGGAGUUCGGGGAUGUGCUCCCCGACUACGUGCUGGGCCAAAGCACCUGUGCCCUCUUCCUCAGCCUCCGCUACCACAACCUCCACCCAGACUACAUCCACCAGCGGCUACAGAGCCUAGGGAAGAACUAUGCCCUGCGGGUCCUGCUCGUCCAGGUGGACGUGAAAGAUCCUCAGCAGGCCCUCAAGGAGCUGGCUAAGAUGUGUGUCCUGGCCGACUGUACCCUGAUCCUGGCCUGGAGCCCCGAGGAGGCCGGGCGGUACCUGGAGACCUAUAAGGCCUACGAGCAGAAGCCGGCCGAUCUCCUGAUGGAGAAGCUGGAGCAGGACUUUGUUUCCCGGGUGACUGAAUGUCUGACCACCGUCAAAUCAGUCAACAAAACGGACAGUCAGACCCUCCUGACUACUUUUGGGUCUCUGGAACAGCUCAUAGCUGCAUCCCGGGAAGAUCUGUCUUUGUGCCCAGGCCUGGGACCCCAGAAGGCCCGAAGGCUGUUUGAUGUCUUCCACGAGCCCUUCUUGAAAGUGCCCCACUGA